CUCUCUCUCCUCGUUCCUAUCCUACCUACGCUCAUCUCUCUCUUUAAUUUGAAAUUCUUGAUCAACUUGCAGACGCGCACAUUUCAUUUAUUAGGGUCCGUUGUAAAACCCACCAAACUCUCUCUCUCUCUCUCUCUCUCUCCUUCUCUCUCUCUCUCUCUCUCUCUGGUUUCGUUCAUCUUCUUCUCUAAUGCCGUUUUGAUCAAUCCAUCAUUCCAGGGCACAGGGCACAGGGCACAGGGCAACCAGUGAUUGCUUUUGCUAGCAUGGCAUCAAGUUAUAAUAUAUUCUUUGAUGAUAAACGGAGCAAAGCCGAGGUUGACCCUCCUCAAAAUGAGGAGUCAGCAGAUGUUGGUGAAUUAGUAAAUGAUCCUGCUCUUAAACCUAAUGGGACUGUUUCAAGCAGUGUUCGUGAGCUUUUAGAGUGCCCUGUAUGCCUGAAUGCUAUGUACCCUCCAAUCCAUCAGUGUUCAAAUGGUCACACUAUAUGCUCAGGUUGCAAACCCAGGGUCCAUAACCGGUGCCCUACUUGUAGGCAUGAGCUUGGCAAUAUCAGAUGCCUGGCACUGGAGAAAGUGGCUGCAUCUUUGGAACUUCCCUGUAAAUAUCAAGGUUUUGGGUGCAGCGGUAUAUAUCCAUAUUACAGCAAGAUAAAACAUGAAUCGCAAUGUGCAUAUAGACCAUACAACUGUCCAUAUGCUGGUUCAGAAUGCUCUAUUAUGGGUGAUAUACCCUACCUGGUGGCACAUCUGAAAGAUGACCACAAAGUGGACAUGCACAAUGGUAGCACUUUUAACCACCGCUAUGUUAAAUCAAAUCCACAAGAAGUUGAAAAUGCCACAUGGAUGUUGACGGUCUUCAGCUGCUUUGGUCAGUAUUUUUGUCUACAUUUUGAAGCUUUUCAGCUAGGAAUGGCUCCUGUCUACAUAGCCUUUUUACGGUUUAUGGGUGAUGAUAAUGAGGCGAAGAACUACAGCUACAGUUUAGAGGUAGGUGGAAAUGGGAAGAAGAUGAUUUGGCAGGGGGUGCCUAGAAGCAUCAGAGACAGCCACCGCAAGGUUCGUGACAGUUUUGAUGGUCUCAUCAUUCAGAGGGAUAUGGCCCUCUUGUUUUCCGGGGAUGACAAUAAGGAGUUGAAGCUUAGGGUUACUGGUAGGAUUUGGAAAGAACAGUGAAUGGAGAGAGACAAUGUCCUUUCAACUAGCAAUUAUAUUUAGGCUGAUAGUUUGUAGUACAACUCGUUUCUUGUAGUGAUAUGUGACUUCUGAUCAUGUUAUCGUGUUUUGUAAUUUAGGAGGCAAACUCUCUUUGCUGAUCCUUUCAUCAAAUACAUGAACAGGAAGUUGUAUCUCGUAUCAUUAUGAUAACUACUCAAUAGAGAUGAGAACCUUAAUGUGCCUCACAUA